GCGUCGAACCGCUCUCGCGAAUCAGUCGGUCGUUGGGAGUGCGUUGGAUCGGUUGUGUUUUGAUUUUAGUGCAAUUCGUACGAACAUAAUAUACAGGUGGUUAUUGCUCUCAGCAGGUCAGUGUGCGUGCGUGACUGCACAAGGAAAAGGAAGGAAAAAAAAGAAGCUAUAUAGACGAAGACAAGCUACAAGCAGACAGGACAUGCAACUCUCGUUGCACCAGUUCAUGAGGAACUGCAAAUUGCAAGCACCAAACUUGUUCUCUGUGCAAUUGCUAAAAUUUGUCGAAAGAUUCGUGACCUGUGAGGAUGUUACGGCGUGAUCAAACAACACCAUGCUCAUCGACGUCAUCUCCAGUGGACAGUACGGUGACGGUGCGUGACUUACGGAGUAAAAGUAUAGACGAGCUGAGAGUUGACAGGAAGGAAGCGAUGUACAUGCCGGUCGGGAUCAAUCAGAUCAAAGAAGAAGCGUCAGAUCCCGAUAUUCAGGCUGACUCAGAAGUAUCGCUCGAUGCCAACAGCACACUCGCUCAGGUGCUGGAGGAUUUUUCCAACGACGAGGCACCCCACGAGCCGGAAAUCGAAAUCAAGACACACUCGCGCUCACUGGACGAAACGUUCCGAAAGCAACAGCAUUCAGUGUCGCAGAAAGCCAUCCAGUUUCAACUAGGAAACAUUUCUUAUCACCUGGCAGAUCAGAUGUUCAAAGCUACGCCAAUCAAUCUUCUCACUAAGGACAUGCUGGAGCAAAAGAUCACGGAGAAGGAUCCGGAUCUGGUUUACCGGAAGCAUCACAAUAAUAACAGCACGUGGUCCAGGUACAUGCCGAUGUACUACAAAGGAGUCAAACAGAACUACGUUCGUUGUUUGGAGUGUGGUUGGUUGGUACUGCACAAGGCUAGCACUGGUACAGGAUCUUUGUUGAGGCAUAAAUGUAAGAUCAAACUCCCGUCAGGUGUAGAGGUGAAAAUCGAACAGCAGCCUGCCUCCAAUCGAAAUCUUCCUGCCAAAGCAUCGGCUGCGGUAGGACCAACACCAUCUCACACGGUCAAGUUUCAGACAACUCAAAUGCCUCAGAACGUAGUUGAUGACCUUGUCCGACAGCAGGCCUGUUUCCUGUACAAAGAUCUCAGCAGUGUGGAUAUGUUUGACAGUCUCAGUUUUCGAACGUUUGCUCAGAUGUUGGUUAAUAUUGGAGUUUUUUACGGUCAACAAGAUGUUGGAUUUCUUGCCGACAAGUCAAGCCUACUGGAACGAGUUAUUCCUUCUAUUUACCAGCAAGCAAGAACCCAACUAAAUCAAGCUUUGCAGGAUUGUGAUCUUAGUUAUAGUUUUAACAUGUUCCGGAAUGAGGCGGAGCAGAGGACGUAUGUCACUAUUAAUUCCUACACCAUUGCCGAAGAUUACUAUUUUCGUAAAAUCAAUGUCAAGACUGUGCCUGUCGAUGACGUGCCGUCGUUCAUUGAUGGGUUCCCAACAAUCAUCGCCGAGAUGUUGGAAAGGGAACAGACUGAACCCCUCAAGUUGGUGUAUGGAUCAGAGCUGGAAGUGCCGCGUGCUGGUGAAUUUGAGAUAAUUCCUUGCGUUGUCACAGCUCUCUGGCAAACCAUGAAAAAAAUUAUGGAUUCGUUUCAAUAUGAUAGUGAGCAGUAUGUUGAGAAAAUUUUUACACUAGAUGAUAAUGACGACGAAGAGGAUACAAUGAAAAAGAUUUUGGCUCCGUUUAAGGAACCAAUCAAAAGUCUGACUUCGGAAGGCAACGUAACAAUCAGUGAAGUAGUUCUCUGGAAAAAGAAGCUAGAGAGGUACUUCCGUGUGGAGGAAGAUGACGCCGAAAACCUGAAGACUAUUAAAGAAUCAUUCCAGUUGCAGAUUAAGCAAAGCUUCAAGCUGCACGAUUAUCAUAAAAUAGCGGUUUUUCUUGAUCCGAAGUUCAAAGGGCUUCGAUUCCUCACCGAGGAGGAACGCAACGAAACGCUCGCCAUCGUGAAGCAACAACUUCAGCGCGAUCAGGAUGGCAUCGAGCAGCUGAAGAAGAUCUACUCAUGUGGCAAAAAGGAUAACAUCGAAAUACGAAAGGAGACCAAGUUUUAUGAAUUCAUGGAUGCAUCCCUGGAGGUUGAAACGGCCGAUGUGGUCGACGACGAGAUCCGCCAGUACGUGGAUAUUAAGCUGGAGACGCCGAUAGACAUCCUGAGCUACUGGCGCAACGAAAAUGCAUUUCCCCUGCUGAAGAAACUCUGCCAGCGGGUACUGAACAUUCCGGCAGCCUGUGAUGAUAUGAAGCUGCGAUUCGGCCGAGCCGAGCAGCGGGAUUUUUUCAAGAAGCGAACCGUGCUGCGGAACGAGGAAAUCGAUAUGAUGCUCUAUCUGAACCAGAACGGUCCGUGAAUAAAAAAGACUUGAAGUGUUUUAUUUAUACAGAUAAA